AUGAAGAUUUGUGUGCGACGGCGGCCGUGCGCAGCGGGUGAGACGGAAUCCAGCAACUGGACCUUGGAGGAUUUGAAGUCCAAAGCUGCUGCAGAUACGGUUUUUGGACCUGACACGAGCCAGCAAGAGGUGCUUCAGUCCAUCCUGGAGCCUCAAUUGGACAGGUUUCUGCAGGAGCCUGGUUUCAGCGCCGUUUUUCUGGCAUAUGGCCAGACUGGCAGCGGCAAGACUCAUACGAUUUUUGGCCCGCCUGGUGUGCUCACGGAGCAUGACUACAACCAAAGCGGAGGCUCUCCUCAGACCUGGGGUUUCUUCCCAUACGCGGCGGUGGCAACGCUUGGAGCCCUAGAGCGUCAGGGGCUCCUGAAAAGAGCGCAGCUGAAGGUCUCGGCAGUGGAGGUGUACUUGGAGCGAAUGUUCGAUCUUCUCAACGAGCGGCACCACGUAGCGGUUCCUGGGGCAUCUGUGCGUGCUGCCUCCAAUCGGCCAGAUAAUGAAUCCGCGAAGUACGAUGCGAAUGGAAAGUGGCUGCCUCCUGGGAAGUGGCUCGGCGAAAAGACACUGCCUGGAAUCUCAGCGACAGCCAAAGAGACGGUGAUUGACUCUGCGAUGGAUGUAGUCCAUGUUGCGCGGCUUGUGGAAGCCACCCGAUCGGCUCAGUCGCAUGCCCUGAACCAUCGAUCCAGCCGGUCGCAUUGCAUGAUCACCUUGACCCUACGCUUGAUCGACUCAACGGGUAAUCUCUCCGAGGGUCGCCUGGUCUUCGUGGAUCUGGCUGGCUCAGAGCGGGUCGGCAAGAGUGGCGUGAAUGCGGACAGCACGGGGGGUGCAAAAGCUUUCAACUUACCCGGAAGGGUAACAGUGGACAUCCCGGGAACUCGCUUCGAUGAGGCACGGUCGGUGAACUGCUCCUUGAGUGCUCUUGGCAGAGUCAUCGCAGCACUGGCCCGCCGGGACAAGUAUGUCUCUUUCCGGGACUCUGCUUUGACUCAGUUGCUGAAAGAUCCACUCACUGGCUGUGCUGCACAUGUCACCGUGAUCUUGGCACUACGUGCUGAGCAAUCCAACGACUCAGAGACCCAAUCCACCAUGCGCUUCGGGACCGUGUGCAAAGAUGCCGCGGGAAGUAGCAACAUGCGAGCGAAAUCGGUCCCAUCGAAAUGCCGCUCAAACAAAGCUGGAGCUGCAGCCGCGGCUCUCGCAGACCUUCGCAAGCAGCUCCUGGCAACUACGGAGGAAGUGGAGCGAAUGACAGCCGAGGGCCAAGAUGAGCACGUGAACCCCCAAGGCUUCGCGGCUCCGACCAUCCAGGGCUUCCUCGAUAACAAGGCCAAGUUCGAGGACGCAAAGCGCCUGGUCACCCGCUUGAAAGAGCAGAUGGCCGAGCGGCGCAGCGAGCUGCGGCUCGCUGGGGGCGCCGAGGAAGGCGACAAGCGACUCCAGGAUCUGGGCACGUCUCUGACCACUGCCCAGCAGGCGACAUUCGUAGCGUCCGGCAUCUUCUACCGUCAGGUGACCACGGGCAUCUGGACAGGGCGCACACCAGCGCUGCAACAGAAGAUGACCCUUCGUGAUCAGCUCACAAAAGAGAUAGCCUUCCUGGAGUCCGCAGGGACUGCCUGA